ACGUUUCCUGGCUUACGAUAUAAUAAUAUACCCAACACAAAAAAGGGAGACACUUUCAAGCUCCGUCAUUUGAAAGAAACAUCUUCUCACUUUUCAGAACCUGCAAUGAGUCGCGCAGGGAUAAGGCAGCUUUCGCUGCUUCGGGCGUCGAGACAAUGUCUAUCUCCCCGGUCCCUUGCUACCGUUGUAAGGGGGCCUAUCGCUCGCUCGACACCGCCAGCAGCAACUUUGUUGGGACGCCAGCGAUGUCGACUUUUCAGCACAACACGACUACGAAGAAGUCAGGAUGAGCAGGAUGAAGAUGCGGGAUCUUACAGCGAAGCGGAUCACGAACAUGCUGUCAUUUCCACUUUCGAUCUGUUUUCUAUCGGCAUUGGUCCCUCAUCUUCUCAUACUGUCGGGCCAAUGCGUGCUGGUAACAUUUUUGUCAACGAUUUGAUCGAUGCCAAUCUGCUUCAAAAAGUCAACAAAAUCCGCGUCGCCAUCUAUGGUAGUCUUGCUCUCACGGGUGAAGGUCAUAUGACUCCUUCCGCUUUACUCCUUGGCCUCGAAGGCGCCGAUGUCGAAACAGUCGACACAGGCUACGUGCCCAGCCGCUUCGAAGAGAUCAAGUCCAGCAAGAAGAUUUUCCUAGCACGUGGGCUGGCCACAGAUGGAUCCAAAGGCAAGGAGAUCGAUUUCGACUACGAGAAGGAAUUCAUUUGGGAAUGGGGUCGUAAGCUUCCCCAGCACAGCAACGGCAUGCGUUUCACUGUCUACGACAAGGAAGGCUACGUCCUAGCCACCAAUGACAUGUUCAGUGUAGGCGGCGGUUUCGUUGUCAACGGUGCUCUUAGUAUCGCACCCCAAGAAACUCUCUCCGCAAACGCCCCCGCUCAACUCGAAGCCGGAGAUUCGGACACGGCAGCUCACCCGGCCGAUUUGGCCGAAAACAUGUACUACAAGGAAAUCCGGCGCUCAGAUGCCGCGGGAGAUCGACGAACCGGUACCGAAGUCAAGGCCCUCGAAGAAGCCAAUGAGGGUCCGACAGCUCUCCUCGGAGACUCGCCUGAGCCAACCGGCCUCUCUACCGAUGUCAAGUCCGAGACCAAGGAUACCAGCUCAUCACCGCAUCCGCGGUAUCCAUUCCGAGAUGCCGCUAGUCUGCUUUCACUCUGUCGCAAACACAAUCUCACUAUCGCGCAAUUGGUGUAUGAGAAUGAGAAGAGUCUAGGAUAUACGGACGAGGACAUUUAUCGAAAGAUCUUCAAGAUUUGGGGAGUCAUGGAUGCUAGUAUCCUGGAAAGUGUCCAGGCACCAACAGGCUCCAAGCUUCCUGGAUCUCUCAAGCUGCAUCGACGAGCGCCGGCGCUCUACCGUCGAUUGACUCGUGGCUUGUAUCCCUCGUCGACUGCUGAUACUUCAGCUGCUCAGCUCGAGCACAAGUUCUCUUCGCCUGACACCAACAUCAACGAGGAUGGCGUCGGCUCAUCACCGAAAGCUCUCGCAGCAGCAUCAUCUCCAUUGGUGCCAGAGAAGUUCAAGGCUGGCGGCCUUCGGAAGCGCGGUCCACCACGGAUACACGGUUCUCUGGAUCAUCCUAUUGCUCCAGCUCCUUCACGCCGUACGACAUUCCCCACUAUGGACUAUCUUUCUGUCUAUGCCAUUGCUGUCAAUGAAACCAACGCUGGUGGCGGUCGAAUUGUCACCGCUCCUACCAACGGUGCCGCAGGUAUUAUUCCAGCUGUGCUCAAGUAUACUACCGAGUUCAUCAGCGACGAUCCUGAACGAGAUAUCCCCACUUUCCUUCUCACUGCUGCCGCAAUCGGUAUGCUUUACAAGCGAGGUGCCACCAUCUCAGCCGCUGAAGGAGGGUGCAUGGCGGAGGUCGGCGUUGCCUGCUCUAUGGCCGCCGGUGCUUUUGCUGCCUGCAUGGGAGCCAGCCCCGAGACAAUCGAGCAAGCCGCAGAAAUCGGUAUCGAGCACAACCUCGGACUAACAUGUGAUCCCAUCGGCGGACUCGUCCAAGCUCCCUGCAUCGAGAGAAACGCGCUGGGCGCGACAAAGGCCAUCUCCAGCGCCAACCUGGCGCUUAGCAGUGAAACAGGCACGCAGCGCGUGAGGCUAGACGACGCUAUCCGGGCGAUGCGACUGACGGCCAAGGGAAUGAGGAACGAGUUCAAGGAAACGAGUUUGAGUGGAUUGGCUACGAGCGUUCACAUUAAUAUUCCAUUCGAGAGCGCGGCGAUUUCAGGUUGUGACUGUUGCGCAUUCAUUUUCAAGACUCUCACAUAUUCGGGCUUGUUGGGGGUUGAGAAUCAGAUGGGAAUUCAGCUCUAUCUCCGACUUUCAAUUGGACAAGGAAAUCCAGAGAUAAUAUUCGGUGAUCCUGAGCGCUCGCAAAUGUUCUUACAAUUUUACACUGACUAUGCUCAAGGAGAGACUUGGAAACGAGUCAAGCCUUUACCAGAUAUUUGUGAUGACCAUUUAUCGCGCGAAGGCUUAAGCUUUGUCAACGCUUGUUUCUAUAAUUGUGCCAAGGAUCACAAGCUCUGCAAGCAAGACAAGUCUACUUUACCAACCCGCAUCUUAGACAUAGGGAGCGCUGGGGAUGACAAAAUUUGUCUCGCUGAAUCAGAGGCUCUCAAACCUGAGAAAUAUGUAGCACUCAGCUACUGCUGGGGUAGAAAUCCCUCUAUCAAAGCCUUGACCGGGAACCUGGAAGAUAUGAAAAUCGGGAUCGGACUUGAGGAGCUUCCAGCAGCUUAUACUGACGCAAUCGCACUGACUCGAGAGCUCGGGGUAAGAUAUUUAUGGAUAGAUGCACUUUGCAUCAUCCAAGACUCCGAAGCCGACUGGGAAAGAGAAUGCUCCAGGAUGGCCGAUACAUAUGCCAACGCUUUCUUGACUAUUGCAGCCUCGUCAUCAACAUCUGUGACCAGUCACUUUCUACGGCCUCAGCUCAAGCCACCACCUCGAGCGGCUCGGGACCAGUCCGCGAUCUACAGCGAAUCAAUGAGAAGCGAAAAUGGGCCUCCAAUUUUACUGAAAGUAAGGCUCAUGCAAGCAACCGGUGCUCAUUGGAAGUGGAGACCAUCUCACAGAACGGAUCAACAGCCGCUCGUGGAACCUCUCACUCAACGAGGCUGGACGUUGCAGGAGAAAGUCCUAUCAACCCGGCUACUGUCUAUAUCCGUGAUGGAAAUGGCAUGGACGUGCAAAGAGGCAAUAUUCUGCGAAUGCGGAUCGAAACUGAAUCACCAGCGUGAAUUUGGUGGAACGCCAUUGAGUCAAAUAUCGCGACAUGGUGAAGCCUUCAAUUUCUGGCACAAAGUUAUUGAGAAUUACUCGAAGAGAAACCUCACGCAGGCCGGCGAUAAGCUUCCAGCGAUAUCUGCUAUAGCCGCUAUAGUCCAGAAGAAGAUCGGGUCAGAUUACGUGGCUGGUCUAUGGACAGAUAACAUUGAUCUGGAUCUGUUGUGGCGGAGACCAUCAGCCAGUAGGAUUCAAGCUGCCAACUCAUCUUACAUCGCCCCGAGCUUUAGUUGGGCUUCAAUUACGGGAGAGGUCGAUUACCUGUGUUUUAGAAACGGAAAAUGGCCAUACGAGAAGGCGGCUACUGUGCUGGAGGUCAAUGCAGUAACAGGUCCUGACGCGCCACUUGGAAGAGUCAUCAGCAGCAAGAUGAUAAUCAACGGGCCAAUGGUGAUGGGGUAUCUUGAGAGUCGGGGCCCGUAUGAUUGGUACGCGGUGCGUCUUGGGCGGGCUCUCCUGUGGUUUUCCGCCGAUACGAGCCUCUCAACAAUUGUAAACGGCAGUGAAGUCUCAGUGUGCAGAAGAAGCCGUGAGCACAACAGAAGCGAUGUUGCGGAGGAGCUGAAGCGACUAAACCGAAAGCGGAAUUCUGGGGAUACACACCACCUGAGUAAUUCAGCGAUUCGAUGCUGGGUGCUGAGACUUGGGGCAUUUCCUUUCGGGGAUAAGGGGCAAAGAGAUCACGAGUGGCUAGUGCUGGGGCGGUCAGCAACACAGCCCGAGCUCUUCGAGAGGAUCGGUCUAGGGUCGCUCAAGGAUAGUCAAGAGGCGGAGGUUUUUGGUUUAAGUUGGUCAAUGCAAGCCUCACCUUUACUAGUUGCGCUGAAUGGACCAGGUAGCUGGCGAUCAUUCAACCGCCACGGCGUACGGGCACAUACUUGCAGCCAACCCAACCUAGCCGUACCGCUUUCACGGGCCAGUUCUGUUUCCAUGGAAGCUGGCUCUCGGGCCCAAUCAGCUGGAUUGGCCUGGCUUGAACAGUCCCUGGCCGAGUUGGAAGCUGGUAAAGCCAGUUGGGCCGUCAUGCCAUCACUGAUCAAACCUCGUCAACUGGAAGAACUGGAGGCAAAAAUUAACUCGGUGCAUCGACAACUUGGAGAAAUCAACAAGGACGACGAGGACAGCGAAGCCCAGCGCCAAGCAAAACAAGACGAGUUGGUAGCUAUCGAGAGUGAGUUAAGACCGCUUAGGACGGACUGGGACCGCACGUGCAGGGAUGCUCAUGUGGCGUACCGCCCCAAAGACGAGAUGAAAGCAAAUUCUCUCAUGAACAACAUCUUGAACCUUUAUAAAGAUUUCGGCCUCCCCAUCAACGGCAACAUGGGCGUCGACACAUCAGCCCUAGGCCUCACUGGAGACUCGCCAGAUGCUGAUCCGGACACACCGCGCAGGCCGCGAAUGCGAAUGAAGAGGGGAGGGGCGGUGCUCACCCCAGAUCGCAAUGGAGUUUUUGAGGUCCGAUUCCAUCACCUUAGCCAUCCAUCGCUUGCUUACGCGCCCUCAUCGUCUCAUUUUGCUAACCUUCACUUCAUUUCGCAGUCAGAGACGCGUAAGAGGAAGCGAGGCCGCAGCUCCAGCAUUGCUCAGAAGCGCCCGCGCAUUCAAGGUAACAGAAAUUCCAUACAUUUCAAUGCCGUCUACCAAAACAGACGCGCCGCCAAGAAGCACACCAUUAUCCGGUUCCCCGAGGAUCCAGUGCGCCCGGCCAAGUUUUACAUCUUGCGAUGUGAGGAUCACGACAUCGACUUUGACGACAAUUCAUUACAGGCAGGGCUGGCGCAUUUGUCAGAAGAGCAUCAGCUUAAGAACCCUUCAUUCGAGACUGUUAUUCAGCACUUUGGUUAUGAGGUCAUUGGUUGCGACGAUAAAAAACUCAUUCAAAACAACAAAGUCGCCAAGGAAGCCUUUCAAAAAGAUCCCGAAUCCCUUGGAAUAGACGAAUCGCUCGAGGCGAUGGGGCUACUUAACAACGUACCGCCUUGUUAUGAGUACGACAGCUCCAGCAAGUCAUUCUCCUGGGCAGAAGGUUAUGAAGAUGGAGGAGAAAACGCUUCGGAGCAACACUUUCCGUUCAUGUUCUUUGAGGGACUUGAUUUUCCUGAUCUGUGCCAUGUUGCUUGGAUUCCCAUCGGCGAAAUUCAGCCUUGGGAUGAGGGCAAGGCGCUGAUGAUUAAGCAUAGCGACCAGGCUUUUGAAUAUCUCAAACAGCGGGAGGCGGUUCAGCAGCCCAAGCGGUGGGGUCCAAAUGAUGAGAUUCCAGACCCGACUGAUGACAGUAAGUAUACUAACUGCGUAUGA